AUGAUUGAUACCGUUGGGUCUCAUGUCGAUACCGCCGCCGGAAAAGACCAUCCCUUCGAGGAGUCGGUGGGAAACAGGAACGCGACAAUUAUCAGCAACGACGCCUACAGUAGACUCCAACCAGAGGAAUUCACGAGUUUAGAGAAAAAGGUUCGGCUCAAAAUCGACAUUCGUCUCUGUACAAUCGCAGGUACCUUGUGCUGUCUGAAUCUGCUCGACUCAGGCAUCCUCUCUUCAGCCUCGGUCACCACCAUGUUCGACGACUUGGAUCUUCACGGCACACGAUACUCCGUCUCCAUCUUCAUCUUUACCAUCGUCAAUGUGAUCUUUAAGCUUCCCAGCACUGUGGCCGUGCGAUUUGUCGGGCCGCGUCUCUGGCUCGCGUCCACCACGUUCUGUUUUGGUGUGAUUACUCUUUGCACAGCCUUUAUUCACACAUGGGGUCAAAUGAUUGCUCUGCGCGUGCUGCUGGGAGUUGCCAUGUCGGGAAUCUAUCCCUCUAUGACCUAUCUCGUCAGCGUGUGGUACACCCGACGCGAGCAGCAGCUUCGCUUUGCUGCGAUGCAAUCCGGAGAAGUUCUCGGUUUGGCUACGGGCAACAUUGUCAAUUACGCACUCAAUCAUCUCCACAGGAAGGGUGGGCUGGAAGGUUGGCGCUGGAUGUUUCUCGUCCAAGGCCUUAUCGCCUGUGUGAUUGGUAUCGGCACGUAUUGGUGGAUGAUUGACUUUCCGGAACAGGCGCAUCACAGUUUUCGUUUUCUGACAGAGAGGGAAGCAUGUAUAGCAUCUCAGCGGGUUCAGCAUGAUCGUGGCGAUGUCGUCGCGGAACCGUUCUCAUGGAGCAAGGUCUGGGUGUGUUUUGCAGAUCCCAAGCUCUAUGGGUUUUCUGUCAUGUUCUUUCUGUUGAAUCUGGUGUCGACCUCAUUGAGCUAUUUCCUACCCAUUAUCUUGCAGUCUGGGAUGGAGUUUUCCAGCAAUGCAUCCAUUAUCCUUUCCACUCCGCCAUACUACUGGGCCGUCAUCCCCGUCCUCUUCACCUCCCUAAUCGGAGACGCUUACUGCAUCCGCGGUCCUCUCAUCAUCUUCAACUCCUUUUGUCUCGUUGCUGGCUUCCUAAUGUUGGGCCUCCCCUCUCAAGUCACAGUCCGCUACAUCGGCACCUUCCUCGCAACCGGAGCAUACGUCUCCAACUGGGCAGUGCUGAACGCAUUUAUGGCCAACAAUAUCGUUGGUCAAUGGAAGCGAGCAACCGUUGCAGCGGCUGUGGCGGCGUGCAAUGGCCUCGGGGGCGUGGCGGGGAGUUAUAUCGUGAGACAGCAGGAAGCGCCACGUUAUCCGACUGCUGUGUGGGUGUCUGUUGGCUCGCACAUUCUUAUGAUUGGGAUUGUGGGUGUGUUCACGGUGUACUUUUUUCUGUGUAAUCGCAGGGCAAAUAGAGGAGAAACGGCAACAUUCAAGUAUACUUAUUGA